CUUUGAGCUCGAGCUCUGCCUGAGUGCCGUUAGGCGGAUGACAGUUUGUUUUCACUGAGGGCCUGUCUGAAGAGAACAACGAGCAUUUACAUCCCCAGACACGGGAAUUUAACCGCUUCUCGUCAACAUGAGACGGCUUAUUCCAAAAUUCAAAGGAUGUGAAUCCCGGCCACCCGUCUGUGUAAAACAGCUCUAGUCGAGCCAAGACAAAGAGUGGAGUUGAAACAAGCAUGAGGCUGGUGGCCUCCACGCCACACCGACUACAACAAACACGCUUCGCCCCAAUGGAGUUUUAACCCCUGCAGGAGUACAGACUGCCUCGGUGAAGGAAAACAGGUAUGUAUGAGCACACACUGAUAUAGCAACCCCUCCCUUUGGUUCUGCCCUCGAACAUCAAACAAAAUAAAAGAGCGAGAGAACGAGAGUGAUAAAACUGAGGGUCCCAUGUGCCAUUGGGCAGCGGGGCUUUCGCCAUGAGCAGUACUCUGGGCAAAGAUAAAGACUCUAAGGAGAGGGAACCCAAGGCUGAAGGGAAAUCCAAAACCAAAGGGAAAGAUGCCAAAGAUGGGAAGAAAGACACAAGCAGCGCUUCGCCGGCAGUGGCCUUCACCUUGGACAGCACGAUAAAGCGGCCCAAUCCGCCGCCCAGCACGCGCAAAAAAUCCAGCAAUGCCGAGGUCAUCAAGGAGUUGAACAAGUGCCGCGAGGAGAACUCGAUGCGUCUGGAUUUGUCCAAGAGAUCCAUCCAUCUGUUGCCCUCGUCCAUCAAGGAGCUGACCCAACUGACCGAGCUCUACCUGUACAGCAACAAGCUGCAAAGCCUGCCACCCGAGGUGGGAUGCCUGUCGGGAUUGGUGACGCUGGCGCUCAGCGAGAACUCUCUGACCAGCCUGCCAGACUCGCUGGACAACCUGAAGAAGCUGCGGAUGCUCGACCUGCGGCAUAACAAGCUGCGAGAGAUCCCGGCUGUGGUGUACCGCGUCAGCUCCCUCACCACGCUCUACCUGCGCUUCAACCGCAUCACCACCGUGGAGAAGGACAUCAAGAAUCUGUCCAAACUCACCAUGCUGAGCAUCCGAGAGAACAAGAUUAAACAGUUGCCCGCAGAGAUCGGUGAGCUCUGUAACUUGAUCACGUUGGAUGUAGCCCACAACCAGCUGGAGCACCUUCCUAAAGAGAUUGGAAAUUGCACUCAGAUCACCAACCUUGACCUGCAGCACAAUGAUCUUCUCGAUCUGCCUGAGACUAUAGGUAACUUGGCAAGUAUAAACCGUCUAGGUUUGAGGUACAACCGUCUAUCAGCGAUCCCUCGAUCUUUAGCAAAGUGCCGAGAGCUGGAAGAGCUCAACCUCGAAAACAACAACAUCUCGGUGUUACCAGAGGGACUUCUCUCCAGUCUGGUGAACUUGACAAGUCUGACGCUGGCGCGAAACUGUUUCCAGUCUUACCCAGUGGGCGGCCCGUCCCAGUUCUCCACUAUCUACUCUCUCAACAUGGAGCACAACCGUAUCAACAAGAUCCCUUUUGGCAUUUUCUCUCGAGCAAAAGUGCUUAGCAAGCUAAAUAUGAAGGACAACCAGUUAACGUCUCUGCCGCUGGAUUUUGGGACGUGGACCAGUAUGGUGGAGCUGAAUCUGGCAACAAACCAGUUAACCAAGAUUCCAGAGGACAUCUGCGGCCUUGUGUCUUUAGAGAUGCUUACCUUGUCCAACAACCUGUUGAAGAAGUUGCCUCAUGGGAUUGGCAACUUAAGGAAACUACGAGAGCUUGAUCUGGAGGAGAACAAACUGGAGUCUCUCCCCAAUGAGAUUGCCUAUCUUAAGGAUCUGCAGAAACUGGUAUUGACCAAUAAUCAGCUAACGACUUUGCCAAGAGGAAUUGGUCACCUGACCAACCUGACGUACCUGGGCUUGGGAGAGAACCUGCUGCAGCACCUGCCCGAGGAGAUCGGCACAUUGGAGAAUCUGGAGGACCUGUACCUGAACGACAACCCCAACCUGCACAGCCUCCCAUUCGAGCUGGCGUUGUGCAGCAAACUGUCCAUCAUGAGCAUAGAGAACUGCCCGCUCAGCCAUCUGCCGCCGCAGAUCGUCGCCGGAGGCCCUUCCUUCAUCAUCCAGUUCCUCAAGAUGCAGGGCCCCUACCGCGCCAUGGUCUGAGACACUCGCACACUGCACAAAGAGGAAACCGAGUUUGGCGUUAGCUUCACAUCAUUAUAUCUAGGACAACAAAACAAAACUGCGUAACUGGGAGGAAUCGUAGCCAGUUAUAGGUCCCCGUAGAAAACAACGUCUAGACGUCUGUUGCCAAAAUUAAUGUACAUUAGUGAUUCUGAAGAGGCGCUCGCAAAAUUUGUCAAUCAUUUUUGCCAAUUUAUUGAAAGUCGUUAGGGGUUUCGAUGCCAGGAAACAGUUGUAUGCAAAAACAACAUUUUUACACGUUCAUUUUUGCUGCUGCUGCUGCCGCCAUACUGUAUGUGAGUUAUUUUAUUUUAUUUAGCCAGAGAGUCUUUCUUUUUUUUUAUCAUCCCACAACCAAAAGAUUUUUAUUGUACAGAGGACCUGUUUGGAAGCAGUGAACAAAAUUUUUGUGUUUUUAUUGAUUUGAUUUAUUUUCGUUGUUGUUGUCGUUCUAGAAUUGUGCCUAUCCAGUGCAGUUGGGUGGUUUGUGACUAAACAUAAUUAUCCAAGAGGAUUUUAAUACAAAAAGGAUACAUUUACAAAGGUAUAAUUUAUACAGUAAUUCCUUUUUCAUUUUUGAAUUAUUAUUAUUAUUAUUUUUUAAAUAUUCAUUCCUGUUCGCUUUUGGGACGUGUUGUCACGCUUGAUGUUUUAACAUUUUAUUUCUGCGAUUUAUAGUGAAGCAACAGAAGAAUCAAACUUUUUUUUUUUUUUAUGACCGCAAUCACGUCAAGCUUGAGGGAGGGGGUGGUGGGGGUUGUGAUUGUUUACUUGUUUGCCAUAUCCACAGUGUUGCUCUCUGCUUGUGUCCUAUCGGUGGGAAUUGCAUCUACGUAUCAGGUGCUUGAUCAGUGCUAGCGGUUUAAGGCCCACGUUUACUGUGAGGAAUGCCAAACGCCCAUUCAACAUCACUUUAGUUUUAUUAUUCCACAUUUGAAGGAUCUCCUUGUUAGUUUCAAACUUUACCCACAUGAUUUAUGCUCAUAGGAUAUCAACCAAUGGUUACAGGAUUAUUUGCACCAUUUUUAUUUCCACACACUGCCCCUCUUAUGCUGCUGCUUUUAAUGCACUUUGUAUUGAUAUUUGGCAUCCUCGCACGUAAAAGGGUCGCGUUUUUUUUUCUUCAUGUUAUCGAUUUAACGAAUGGAUGGGGCAUUUAUUAUUAUUAUUUCUGAAGUAUUUUAUCUUUAUUUUAAUUCUCUAUCAUGUAUAUUUUAUAACAAUGACUGAAACAAAUUUGCCUUCGCAAAUUCGAACGUUAACAUUCUACUAUUAUUUCUUGACUUUUUUUUUUCUUCCAAGGCUUUGAUGCUAUUAAAUGUUUUGAUUUAAA